AACUUAAAUCAAUAUUUAUCACAUCCGAAGCAACGCUAACGCCUAAUGUACCACCAUUCCUACCACAAGCUAUAAUCAAAAAUAACAACGCUAAAGAUGAUAUUAACUACAUUAAAAAUAUUGAUAAUUAUACACAUUGCGAAACGGACGCACCAAUUGACUUUGGUUUGAUACCUUCAAAAUAUGUAACCGAUUCUAUGAGAUCCAAAUCCCCACUAAAAGAUAAACAACUUCCUAGAUGGAAACAAUCGAACAUUACUAUUCUUCCAAAUUAUAUAACGAUUACUCAAUGUUCCAUUCGUUUUUAUAUACAUAAAGAAAUGAAACCUCCUGUAUAUUUAUAUUAUCGUCUUACAAAUUUUUAUCAAAAUGAAAGAAAUUACGCUAGAAGUUUGGAUACAGAUCAACUUAAAGGAAAGGUUAUAGAUAAAGAGAAAAUUAAACGUGGUGGUUGCAAGAGCCUUGGAAUUCUUCAUGGUACUAUAAUAUAUCCAUGUGGAUUACUUGCAAAUUCCAUGUUUAAUGGUAUGUUUAAUGUUCAUUUGAAAUAUGUUUUUAAUCAUAUAAAGAUAUUAUCUAAUAUUUGUUGUUUUCAUUUAGAUACCAUAGGAAAUCUUACUUUAAUCAACGAUGAAUCACUACAAAUUACAAAUGUAACAUACAAUUUUUCUUAUACCGGUAUUGCACCACCUGCAGACGCAGCAAAAUAUAAAUCUACUGGAUAUAAUAUUAGUGAAAUUCGACCACCUUCAAAUUGGGUAGCAAGAUAUCCAAAUGGUACAUAUACAGACGAAUAUCUUCCAAUAGAUCCAUCAAAAGAUGAACAUUUUCAAAAAACCAUAUGGAUUGAACGAACAUAUGCCAUUACAAGUUGGAUAUUAUCAAAUAGACGUUGA